UGUCCCGGCCCCCCCCCCCCCAUGCCCUUUGUGGUGGCAGAGGACGAUCGGGCCGAGCUGAGCAUGAGGGUCCUGUGGGCCGCCCGCCUGGGGCUGCUGCAGUUGCUGGGUCCUGCCCCCCCCCCCCCCCCCCCCCCACCUCCACAACCACAUCCGAGAGCACCAGAAGCUCUUCCAGGAGGACAACGGGCUGCCCGUGCAUCUCAAGGGGGGGGGGGCAUGGACUCGGCCCUUUACCACUUCACCACCCUCGUCUGCUCUGUGGGCACCUGCUACUCGCUGUGGUCACUGGCUCAGGCCUCGAGGCCCAAGAAGAAUUGAGUGGGGGGCCCGGACAUCCCCCCCCCCCCAAAUAAACAGCUCUGAUGAA